CACGAGAUGUCUUGCAGCUGAUCUCAUGCAAUCGGAGCUAGAAUGUCCGGAAAAGCUGGCAAAACUGACGAAAACCUUAAAGACAAAAUAAAAAAUCUCUUCAGACGAAAGCAAGAUAGCGUUUCUCUCCAAAAAGGCCCUGCACGCGAUUUUGCUACUGUUUUUACUCCAGAUAUUCUGAAGGAUAUAGGACCUGAAAGUCCAAGUAAUAACAGAAUUAAAACUAUAAAGGAACUUGGAGAUGUUGUACUGAAGAAAAAACUAGAGGAGAAUGCAAUAGAGGCAGUAUGGUGCAGUAUACAAGACCUGUUUCUACCACAGACAGUGUCAGAGAAGAGACAUGUGGCAUUGCAGUUCCUGGUGUGUCUCUUGGAAGGCCAGUACAACAAUCUGGGCAUGUUGAGAAGUCAUUUUUUCCAUGUUAUAGAAAGUCUUACCCUACUUGAAAACAUAGAAGAAAGACUUGCUUUGUUUCGGAUACUGAGUGACCAUGGGAAAUGCCUGCUUGAGUUCGAGGAAGAAGCGGGUCAGUUCUUACUACACUGGAUGCCUGAUGUGAUAGUUACCAGGAAGAUAUGUGAUUUUCUCCCCUUAUUGAUAAGUGUUGUCAAGUUUAAUGCUGCCUAUCUUGAUGAGGAAAUCAUCUCGGGGAUUGUCAAACAAACAUGUGUGAUUUGUAAUCGACCGAAGUCAGAUGAUCAGGUAUUUGAUGAAGAAAUCAAGUUAAGUUUGGAUGUGCUUGCCUCAGUCAUCAGUUACAGCUAUUUGCCAUCAAAUACUUUACAAGAUGUGGUUGGUUCAUUGUGUCGGAUGGUUAACAUUCGUAAAUACUGCGAACCAAGUUGGGGAUUGAUGAGAAAAUUGUUAGGGACACAUCUCGGACACAGCACUAUAUACACCAUGUGCAGUAUGCUUCAAUCAGGAAAGCAGCCAAUAGACUAUACAUUACUACGUGGUGCAAUAUUUUACAUUGGUAUGGCAUUAUGGGGAUCUAGAAAAGUAGCAUUUCUGAAGCAUACGCCAUCUGCAGUUUUACCAUCAUUCCUUCAUGUAUUAUCAUCAGGGAAUGCAAUGAUAGCCUAUGAAGUCACUCUGUCUGUGCAGCGGUUAGUGAAGAAAUAUGGCAAGGAGCUGCCUAGUUCAACAUGGGAUAUCAUCUUAGACAUUCUAGAAACUGUGCUCAGACAGCUUGAAACAGCCCAGGAUUUGUCGGCUCACCCACAGACCCCAGUUGAACUACACGAUACAUUGUCUACAAUAGAGCAGCUACAGGAACACGGCCAGUUCUCUGGAUCUGUUGAUAGAUUCUUUAACAUUAUAGAAAUGUGUCCUGCAAAGAGACCAGAGAAUUCUGUUAUUUUAUUGAUAUCACAUCUUUCCCAAAAUAUUCAUCCUGUAAAAGAAAACUGGAUUAGCAACUUGUUUCAUCUCCUAGAUAGGUAUUUUAGAAUUGAAACUAGGACCAAGAUUCGUUUGAAAGCAUUAGAUGUUUUAUCCUUUGUUCUCAGUAUUAACAAGCAUUUAUAUGAGGAUGAUCUCAUACACCAUGUGGUAUUACCCCAUCUGUGUCAUAUAGAGACAGAUGAUAAUGUUAACAUCAGGAAAUUCUCUGUAGAAAUCCUCCUUGGUCUGGCUCAGGGAUGCUCACCAUCAAGUUUUCUUGAUGUCAUUGUAAUGGUAGAAAAGAUCCUGUGUUGUCCCCUGGUUGGGCGGCAUCUUUCCCCGUAUCUGACUGCGGACAGUCCAGAGAUCAUUGAUGAGUCACAUCUGAUAGAUGUGAAAUCAGCUGUAGUAUUAAUGAUAGAAUUGUUCAAGACAAAGCUGUACACCUAUCCACCUGGUGUAUGCAUCAAGCUUUACGAGAUAUUGCUCAAUCAUCUGAGCUUACAUUUUAAUGAACCCAAAAAUUACAGUGGUCAUAUAGCAGGUGCUGUGAGAAAAUCUAUAAUAGAGUGUUUACUGAACCUGCGAGCAGAUGUUAUACACAGAAUUGGAAUGUUUGAUAGAUCUUCAGAUGGUCCUCUUAGAUUUAGCCCUUAUGUAACUUGUGAAAGAUCUGAGAAGAGUCCACCUAGAAGCCCAGUAUCACCAUCCCCCAAUGUUGGUCAGUGGGUGACCCAGUCUUACCUGGAUUAUACUAGAGCAUUCUCCCUCUUCAUCCAGUGCUUAGAAAAUGAGAAAGAUUGGGAGGUGAUAAAAGUGGUGUUGGAAAAUUUACCAAUCUUGCUUCAAAACAAAACAAUCAUACUGUCAGCAAAGAAAAACCUUGUAGAUCUUUGCUGUAAACUCUGUGCUAUGGUAAAUGACCGACAACUUGGUUUCCCAGAGAAGUUAGUUGGAGCUCCAGCAAAGCUAACAAGAUCAGAUUUCCAUGCCUAUGUCUUCCCUGUACUGGCAGCCAUGGUAACCUACCAUAAUUACCUAGAUAGAAACAGACAGAGAGAAUUAAUCAAAUGUUUAGAGUUUGGUAUGGUAUCAAAGUGUGCGAAGCUGUGUGUGAAUGCGUUACGAUUGUGUACGUUAGAGAUGCAGGAGGUUAUGAUGAGAUUGUUGCCUUCUGUACUUCUACAGCUGUCCAAAAUCUCGGCAACCAUUUCCAUGGCAAUACCAGUACUUGCCUUCCUUUCUAGUAUUGUAAGACUUCCAAAGAUGUACGCAAACUUUGUAGAAGAUGAGUACAUGAGUGUGUUUGCCAUAGCAUUACCCUACACUAAUCCCUUCAAGUUCAGUCAUUACACAGUGUCAUUAGCCCAUCAUGUGAUAGCAAUCUGGUUUAUCAGAUGUAGGCUGCCGUUUAGGAAAACAUUUGUACAGUUUAUACAGAAGGGAUUGAAAGCGAAUGUAUUACAACAGUUUGAGGAGAACGCUAGGAUUGCCCUACAAAAUCAGAACCAGGAUUCCAGUGAUAGGGUCAGGUCUGGUAGUUACAGUGAGGCAGCUCUUAGAAGGGAUGUAACCAAGAUACUACAUGAAAAUCGGCGAAGAAUGCAGUCUGGAUCAGCUGUAUCUCGGAGUGAGGUGAAUGCUCCAGUUGAUGAAAAAUUGUCCCAGUUUCACAGAGAACUUACAGAGACAUGUACUGAUGUGAUGGCAAGAUACACCUUCGGGAACUUCUCACCUUUACCACACAGAUCUCAUAUGGCUGAGUUCCUGUUGGCUGGUGGACAGUGUCAGACCUGGUUGGUUGGUAACAAACUCAUUACCAUAACAACCAGUGGUAGUGGCAGCAAGAGUGGUAACACAGGUGUGUGUGAGAAAUGUUUGGCAGCAUACCAGGCGGGCGAACAGAAAGACCAGAAAGCUGGACGCCGUAGACACAGGUCAGCUGUCGUGUUUAGUCGAAGUUCAAGCACUGUGGAGCCUAAACAUCCAUUGAGUCAGGAUGAUUUUACCCUGCAGUCAAAAACUGCUUUUGAUGACAUAGAUCUAGACAUGGCUGGGCAGGAUGUUGGUGUGCAAACAGGGACGUCACUCAGUGAAAGGACUGGAUUGGAGAAUGAGCCUUUAGAAUCUCUUAUUUUAGGUAUGAAGGGAUCAGACCCUCUGCACUUACCUAUAAACAUUUGUAACUGUUGGUGCACUAACUGGGCAGAGAUCUAUAUCCGAGCGCCCAGUGGUAACCUCUCCUGGAUGAUGAGAAUCGAAAAUGAGGCAGGGCUUCAAAAUCUCUCAGAUUCUCAGGUACCAGAUAUCACAAUGUUGUUUGCAUCGAUGGGGAAGAAACGUAAGCCUGAUGUUACUAGACAUAGUCAUAGGAUAGAGAGCGGAAGUAUCGGAGAGGAGGAAUAUGAAACUCUGUAUAAACAGCAUUUUGAGCAUAAUCUCAAACAUGAAAAGCCUGAAUUAUCAAUUGGAAAGUCAGAAUUACCAGAUAUUACAGAAGUUGAUCCAGUGAAUAUAACCAACAGACCAGGGAGUUUAGGUUUUACAGUAUCUGGUGUAAAUGAGACUUCUGAUACACACCAGGUUUCAGACGCACUGCAGAUACCCUCUGCAGACAGUGCCAAGAACCAUGAUAUCUCACCAGGCUCUCUCCGAAGAUCAAAUUCUUCACCGUCUAUUAUGAGUGGAAGCUCGGAUACCCUAUCCCCAAGGGACAGUAUCUCUGAUGUAGUCCAGUUCGGACCUGUAGCAAAACUGGACAGACAAAAAAGUUUUCCAAAGUCAUCAGACUCUGACAAAAGUGAUGCUAGUGGUAAAUUAUCUUCCCAACCACCAGAAAGUGCCAAAAGUGAUAACAAAGAAGUGAAAGAGAAUGGAAGUAGUGGAAAGGUUGUGAAAUUUGAAUUCAGUGAUAAAACUGAUGGUGCAAGUGUUUCAAGAUCAAGUGCAUCUAAAACUGCUGAAGAAAGGGAUUUGAGACACAAAGUCCCUCAGACUGCAAAACUUGAACUUGAAAAGGAAAUAAGUGCAAGUGUGCCAAAAGAAUAUACCAGUAUGCUCACUAGACAAUUAAGUCCCUCACCGGCAAGCUCUGAAGCAUCUUCAACUUUUGAUGAAGUUGGAGAGUUGCCUUCCCACAUUAUGAGACAGAGGGGAUUUACAAUAUCAGUUACACAGCCCAGUAGCGGCCAUCCUGAUCCUGGUCCUCCGAGAUCUAAGAGUAGUGGUACUAGUGACACAUCAAGAGUGGGAGUUAGUCCCAGUUUUGUAUUCUUACAGCUUUAUCACAGCGGCCAAGUACAAGUCAAUGACGUACCAUUACUGUUACCUAACAAUGGUACUACAGAACGUGCCAUAAAGAUGUUAGACCACAUCUAUCCGUACGAGACACACAAGAUUGGGAUCAUAUAUGUCGGCCGUAAUCAGGCAAAAGAUGAAAAAGCCAUUUUGUCUAACCUAUACGGCAGUGAUCGAUACAUGAUGUUUAUCCAGUCCCUUGGUACUCUGUUUCGUUUGAAGGAUUGUAAUCCACAGCGUGUGUAUCUAGGUGGUCUCGAUACUAAGGGAAAUGAUGGAGAAUUCUCGUAUGGAUGGCAGGAUGAAUCAACACAGUUGAUAUUCCACAUAGCUACAUUGAUGCCAAACAGAGAGUCAGACCCUAACUGCAAUGCCAAGAAGCUACAUAUUGGCAAUGACUAUGUGACUGUUGUCUAUAAUGACAGUGGUGAAGAUUAUAAGAUCGGAGUUAUCAAGGGCCAGUUUAACUAUGUUAACAUUGUGAUAAAACCAUUGGACUAUGGGAGUAAUGCUGUUACACUGCAGGCUAAAGAAGUGCCGUUCCAGGAUCAGGUUACUGCAGAUAUUGCAGAUAUACUUGGCCAUACAGAUACGAAGGUGAUCUCUGAUACAAACCUCGCCGGUCUAGUCCGGCAGAUAGCUAUACAUUGUAAUUUGGCAUCUAUGGUCCUUCAAAGACAGGCAUCACAGCCGCAAGAUCCAUUUGCCAAUAACUGGUUAGAGAGGCUGCGUAAAAUACGUAGAAUGAAAACAAUUAUUGCAGACAAUUCUUCUGGCAGUACACAGAAUUCUACAAAAACAAUGGAGGACUUUACACAAUUUGUGUGAACUACAGAAAAUAUAUGUCCUUCCAAGAAGAAAAAUUUAUUUAUUGUAACCCUACAGUUCACAUUGCUUCAUUUUAAAGGGGAAUACAUCCAGAUGAAUAUCUAUUGUUGAAAUUUAAACAUAGAACAGUGUAUGAAAGAUACUGUAAUCAACAAAGUUGUAGUGGGUAUGCUUUUGAGUAACUGGUGAUUUGUAGGUAACUUUCUACUGUUUUACAUCGCAUUUUUAUUCUGUGACAAAUACAGCAGAUAGCUAACUACAUAUUUUGUGUGAUACACAAGUGCCUCAUUAUGUACACAUUGCCUAAAAUUCACUGAUUAAAUUCUUACUGUUUACUUUCAAUUUUGAACAAUGUGUUGUUUUCUCAAUUUUGAUUUUUUUUUCACAAAUCUGGCGGUGUUCCCCUUUAAAUGUUAUCUGUUCGUUGAAUGUGGUAUCUGAUUUUAAUAUCAGUGUGGCCAGAAAGCAUAAAAGCAAUUUACAGAUUGUGUUAAAAGGAAAUUAGUGAAUAAAAUUGUUCAACUUUGUGAUAUUUGUGAGUAGAAGUCUACUAAAACUGGAUAUUCUAGGUAAUAUGAAAAAGAUUUAUCUCUUUUACUGAUUGAGAAUGUGUAAAUCUAUAGGAGACAGAAUGUUAAGUAUAUUGAACUGAAAAAGGAAUAGCUGUUACUUGGAAAUGUUGGUGUUUUCUUUUAUAAAGGGAAAAGUAGUCUUUUAGCAAACUUAAUCAAAACCUGGAAAUUAUGUAACAUGCACUAACUGUAUGUAGUUCUGCAAAGCAGAUAUAUUAGUGACCACCUUUAGAAAUGUUAGUAGAAGUAGUACUCCUGGAGUGUUUUAAUUUCUGUGUUGUUUUGUUAAUGAGUGCUACAGUCAGUACAUCAGUGUUAUUGUGUUGUGAAAAUGUUUGUUUUAUAUAUAUAUUUAAUUUUUGCUCAUGUGUGAACUCCAAUUCUUAGCUAAUCACUUUUGAUCAUUGAAAGAACAAGUUUUACUAAAACCAGUGUCUACAACAAUUCCUCAUUUGUUUCCAUUGUUAAAUAUAUAGGAAAAUUGAUGUAACUUUCAGUUGUGUCGUUUAAUCACAAAGAUCUCAUUUCUGUUUCACCUCCAGUAUAGCUUGAUCACUGUCUCGUGACACUUUGUUAUGCAAAUUCAUUAAAAUAGAAAAUUUCUAUAAAAACUCUUUUUUGAUGCAUGUUCAUUCAUCUAUAUCUUUAAAAAUAGCUACGUUUAUGUAUUUUUUAUGAGAAAACCUUUUUUAGUAAUUGAAUCCAAUAUUUGGUAUUGAUGUAAGAUCUUUGAAGUAUUUGUUUUUGAUUUUUUUAUAAGAUUAAAAAGUAAUAACGGGUAGUCUUUACAUAACUGUUGUAAAGUGUAAUGAAUAACUUUGUAAGAUAUCUACAAUGGGCCAGAUUGUUAACAAAGUUUUGAAACAAAAUGGUUAGUACAAAAGCAGAAGCCGUAGGAUGGAUGUGUAUGCAUGCAGAUGGCAUCAAUCUCUGGGUUAGGAGUGACCUAUUGCAAUGAAACUUAGUAAAUAGGAAGCUUGCAUAGAGACAAAGUUUGGGAUUGAAUAUGAGGUCACUAGGACCAAGGUCAAGAUUACUGUUUACUGAAAUUAGAACAAAAUGUAGUUUCCCUAUAAUACCUUUAGUUUGGAUUUAUGUAUUGAAAUUUAACUUUGUCUAAAGGUAGGUUAUAGAAAAACCUAGAUUGGGAUUAUAUAUGGGUCAGUUGGAUCAAGUUCUAGGUCAGCAUAACUUAAUUAAUCUUCAUACUUAGAAAAGUUCACUGUGGUGCAGUGGGCUAAAGCAUUAGUCGUUUGUACCUUUUGUAAUGUUGAAGGGACAGGUUGCAGUUCCAAUUAUGCUACUUAUCAGUCAUGGCAACAUCAUGCCACCACUGUGUUUUGUAAAAAACAGUAAAAAUUCUUGCAUGUAAAGUCUUUAACACACAAUUCUCAGAUUAUUUUUCAUGCCAAAAAUUUUAGAUCACCAUUUUCUUCUUCCUAAAAGAGUAUAUUUAACAAAAGUGUACAUAAUAUGUAUUUGUAUAUAUUUUUAUGAGAAUAUCUCGGAUAUUCUAUAUAAAAUAUUAGUCAAAAUAUAUGUGGUUAUUCUUAUAUUUAUAUGAAAAAUCAAUUGAUUUUUAGUUUAUGUUUUUAUUUUUGUUUAAAAUUAUUCCAUUAUAUUACAUUGAAAUGACAAUCCUGCAUUUAGUAAUAAUAGCUUUUCUUGUUAUACACAGUGGGCAUUUCUUCCCAUUCUCAUAAAAGCAAUUUUGCCUUUAGAUUAGUUUCAUUUAACACCAGGUCACAUUUUCAAGUAGCAUACAAAAAAAAACAACUGUAAUUGCUUGUAAGCAGAAAAGGAACCAGAUAUAGGUAUCAGUUUUUAUUUGCAGUUUAAACAUGGUUCAGUUAUGUGUGAGAGACGCCAGACUCUUAUUUACAUGACACAUUUAAUGAUUUUGUUGAAGCAAGACUCAUAAAAUUCCAAUUGAUACCAAACAAUGAGUAAAUGAGAGCUGAAUAUUAGAUACAAGAAGUGUCAGUACAAAAGGUCAGAGACUUUUCAGCAUGUUCAGGAUGGUAAAUUGAGACUUUUAAAUUGAAAACAUCUUGGAAAGCCAUAAUUAUAUUGAAAUAAAAAAAAGUUUCAAGCUUCAAGAAAUAAAUUUCAGGAAUCUUAUUUUGAUGCAAAUCCUAUUGAUGAGAAUGUUUUGUUCUGUUCAUUAUUUUUACAUGGAAACACCUUUAAAUUCCACAUUAACAUUCUUCUGUUAUUACGAAUGGCUGACCAGCCCCAUCACACUGCUUAAGCCUGUAAUUGAUUCUGUAAUUGGCAUUUAGACUAUAAAUAUUAAUGCUUUUUCACUUCCUUUUUUCAUGCAUAUAUGUAAAUAGCUUAUUUGAAUUGUGCUCAUUUAUAACUGAAAAAAAAAUGGCAUGUUUUAAAGAAGAAAAGGGUACUUAUAUUUUCUUCACUAUUAUUACUACUAUAUAAAGCUAGUCAAAGAAUUACUCCUCCGGGUAUUGUUUUAAAAAGAGGACAGUAUCUUCAAUAGAAUUUUAUUAAAAUAGCAUUAGACAUUUCAUAAAUAUAUCUGGGGGAACAGAAACAGCAAAUAUUUUAUUAAAACUGUCAGUUUUGUUUAUAUUUUCAGGGAAUAUAAAUUUUCAUUAUUAUAGAACGUAUUCUGACAUUGAUAAAAACUAAAUGAUUUUGUGUUGCUCAUCUUACGUUUUGGAAUGUUUCUGUUACUUAUAUAUUGUUCAGCUGAAUAUUUUUGUUACUGGUAAGUGCUAGAUGUCAUUGUUACAUGCAUAGAUAAUGUCAAGUGUUUCAGAUUGUGGUAAUAAAACAUGUAAUAUUUGAAAUUAAGCACUCAGUGAAAACCUUGAAUUUGCUGAUUUGUUAAAGCUUCUCGCCCACAGUAUAUAUGACUCUGAAAAAUGAUAAAGUGGGUGAAAUAAGGGAUAGUGGUAAAAACACAAGAAGAAUGUAAAUUUUCUGCAUUAUUUCAAAAGCAUUGCAUCGAUUUACCACCUUCUUUACAAUAUUUUUAGCUCACCUGAGCCAAAGGCUCAAAGUGAGCUAUUGUGAUCGCUCACCGUCUGGCGUCCGUCCACACUUUCCUUUAAACAACAUCUCCUCCUUAAAGACUAAAGACCAAGCCAAUUUUUAUGAAACUUCACAGGGAUGAUCCUUGGAUGGUCUUUAAAUAUUGUUCUAAGACUUGAGUUCUGUGCAGAACUCUGGUUGUCAUGGCAAAUGAAAGAAAAAACUUCAAAAAUUUUCUUGUCCAAAACCACAAGGCCUAGGGCUUUGAUAUUUGGUAUGUAGCAUCAUCUAAUGGGCCUCUACCAAGAUUGUUCAAAUUAUCCCGCUAGGGUAAAAUAUGGCCCCGCCCCGGGGGUCACAUGGUUUAUAUAGACUUGUAUAGGGAAAAACUUUGAAAAUCUUCUUGUCCAAAACCAUAAGGCCUAGGGCUUUGAUAUUUAGUAUGUAGCAUCAUCUAGUGGGUCUCUACAAAGACUGUUCAAAAUAUCCCCCUAGGAUAUAAUAUGGCCUCGCCCUGGGGGUCACAUUGUUUCAAUGGACUUAUAUAGGGAAAAACUCUUCUUGUCAAAAACAAAAGGGCCUAGGGCUUUGAUAUUUGGUAUGUAGCAUCAUAUGGUAGGCCUCUACCAAGAUUGUUCAAAUGAUCCCCCUAGGAUGAAAUAUGGCCCUACCCAGGAGAGUCACAUGGUUAAUAUAGACUUGUAUAGGAAAAAAACUUCUAAAAUCUUCCUGUCUGAAACCACAAGACCUAGGCUUUUGAUAUUUGGUGUGUAGCAUUGCCUUGUGGUCCUCUACCACGAUUGUUCAAAUUAUUUCCCUGGGGUGAAAAAAGGCCCUGCCAGGGGGUUCCCUAGUUUUACAUAGACAUAAAUCUUCUUGCCUGAAACUGCAAAGCCUAUGCUUUUGAUAUUUGGUAUGUUGCAUUGCCUAGUGGUCUACUACAAAAAUUGUUCAAAUUAUAUCUCUGUGGUGAAAGAGGCCCUGCCCUGGGGUAUUUGGUAUGUUGCAUUGCCUAGUGGUCUACUACCAAAAUUGUUCAAAUUAUACCCCUGUGGUGAAAGCGGCCCUGCCCUGGGGGUCCCAAGUUCUGUAAAAAUUUUGAAAAUCUUCUUGUCUGAAAGUUAAAGGCCUAUGCCUUUGAUAUUUUGUAUGUAUCAUUGCCUAGUUGAUCUCUAACAAGAUUGUUCAAAUUAUGCCCCUGGGGUGAAAAGAGGCCCCGCUCCAGGGGUCAUUUGAUAUACGAGUUAUCAGAUCAUAUUUCCUAGCCUGUUGAAUUAUAUUUACCUGACCCCCAAGUGAUAAGGGUCGCCCACUGUGACCUUGACCUACUGACCUACUUUCUUGUUUUUUAAGAUACAGCCUUGAAAUUUGGAUGACAUUUACAGUUUUGCAUACCGAUCUUAAAACUGACUUUCAGUGACCAUGAAUAUGACCUAUUGACCUACUUUCUUGUUUUUGAAGCUUUAGCAAAGAAAUUUGUUCAAGCAAGCAACUUAACUCAGGUGAGCGAUAUAGGGCCAUCAUGGCCCUUUUGUUGGUUAUUUAUAAGAAUAUCUUGCAAAAAUCUAAUGUCAGUAAGUUUGUACCACUAGUCACUUUUAUGGAUUUUUAAGAGAAAUUAUUUUUUGCCAAAAAUAUGUGGGUUAGUCCCUUUAACCUCUACUGUUACCUUUUCUUGUGAAGAAAUAUUUCUUCAAAAGUAUUUCCCAGCAUUAUUUGCACUGCAUUUCACUUUGAUAUAUAUAUCUUAAAGUUUUGUUUGUUAAGGUUUUUGUUAUUUGAAUAUUUUGAACAGUAAUAAGCAUUGUAGUGUGAUUGUCAGUAAAGUAUGAUGGCCAUGUUUUGGAUUUUCCUGCUAUAUGUGUGCUAUUUAAGUGUUGCCCAGAUGUGGAACUGGACCAUUUACUUGACCAUAUUUUUGCUUAUUGAUGUAUGAAUUCUGUAUAUUUAUAAAACAGAGUGCCAGUUGUAGAGAAGUUAUGUACAAUUUCUGCAAAUUUUGCACAAAGUUUGUUGUUUUUUCCGUGAUGUGCAAAUAAAACUCUUUAUUGGUACUUAACAAUUUUAUAGUGAUAGCUUGACCACAGUAUUGCUAGAUUUUUAUGUUUUAAAUAUGUGUAGAAGAGUAUACAUGACAUGCAGUUAAAAUUAAAAAAAAAGCAAACACAAACACAAGUGCUAUAUAGAUAGAGAGGUGUUGUGUUUGUAGAAAUAAAUAGUAGUUACCAUAUUUAUUAAUUGAGAAUUAUUGGAUUAUUUUUCCAUUUUUAGCUGAAAUGUUUGAAGAAUAGGGAGGGCUAUUGCAGUUUCCCCCGUAUUUGUUUUUGGUUAAAGUUUUUUGUAUGAAUUCCAAUAUCUUCUUCAUUACUUUAGAUAUUCAGUUAAAACUUGUUCAUUAGUGUGACAAGUUGAUUAAAUCUACCUGCAUUUCCAAAAUUAUACCCCCUUUUAACUUAGACAUUUUGGGUAAAGUCCAAUAUCUUCUCCAUUAUUUAAGAUAUUCAAUUGAAAUUUGCUGUAGACAGUGUGCAUUAGUGUGACAAGAUGCUUAAUUCUGUCUGCAGUAUUUUAGAGUUAUGCCCCUUUAAAAUUUCCAGCUAUAUGCGUUAAUCUUUUAGUUGAGGUUGUGCAAAUUUUAACCAUUGCAGAUUCUAUGAUAAUACUUCUCUCUCAUCUUUCAGGUAAUAAUUUAAGGUUACAGCAUUAAGUUCCAUAACUCUUGCAUGAAUUUUAACAAUAUUGUCCGAUAAUCCCCAUGGACUUAGAAAAUAUAAGUCUAAGUUUUGUAUACAAGUAACUUUUUCCAAAGUGAAUGCAGAUAUUGAAGUGAAACUUUAUACAAGCUACUGAGGUGGAUAAAACAUGGUGAAAGGUGCAUUCACCAUAACUCUCAAUUGUAUUUUGGCAAAUUAUGCCUCAUUUUUGGACUUGGGAAAUGCAGGGCAAAGUUGUUCAUAGAAAUUACUACCUCCAAAACUAAUUAAAAUACUUGGCAAUGAUGACAUGUAAGUGGACUGUUACUCUAUAAGAUGGUCAAAAUAAUCAUAAGUGUUCUAUAAUGAAGAAACAAAAACAGGUAGAGUUAUGUGUCAGCUGUAGUUCACAAAACCAUUUUUUCCCAUCGACUUGCACAUACUUUCAUUAAAUACUAUUACAAUUGCUAUAUAUUUGAUCAGCAUUUAUAAAAUGGUAUUUAUUUUGCUACUGUAUUUGAGGUUCAGUAUUUUUCAUGAAAUGGGUACAUGUUUGUAAAUCUGUAAAGAAGAAUCGGAUUUUCUAACAUUCCAUUUGAUGAAAAAGUUUACAAGUUUAUAACACUUAAAUGCUAAGGUAUAAGUAAGUAACGACUUUAUUUAACAAGGCUACACAUUGGGUGUCCCCAUCUACUAUGUGGGCCCCAUGUGGGUUUAUAUAUUUCAAGUUUAUACUGUAGCAUUGUGUUGUAGGUAUUAACGAUUUGCAAUUUACAGAAAUAGAUAUCUCAGAUUUGAACAUGUUAUAAUUUGGAAAUGCUUAAAGUCUAUGGAAAAAGCGUGGACUUAAAUUGGCAUGUAAUUUUAAUUAGGCCUUACUCUAUACAUUGCUUUUAUAGAGGAAAAAGGACAUCAAUGGUAAUCAUGUUAGUUAUGUUCUUCCUUAUGUAACCAUUUUAUUGAGUUGUAUGUGUAUAAUGGUAAACUCUGUUCCAUGAUUUCAUGGUGGAUACCAUGAACCCUGCUUUUAAAGCAUUUUUGUGAUAAUGCAUAUAAGAAGAAAAUAAAUCAUCGAAAUGGUA